UAGCUAGAACCAGUCGACGAUACUUCUGCGUUAGCUGCGACAUUAUCGACGCUUAACUGCUAUACAAUUCUAGGUAGGCAUUCACGCAGAACACGCUGUUGUUUUGAGGUCCCCGGUGACAGUCAUGACCAUUGUAAUUGGGUUUGAAGGGAGUGCCAACAAGAUUGGGGUAGGAAUUGUGAGAGAUGGCACAGUGCUGGCCAAUCCAAGAAGGACAUACAUCACACCUGCAGGCCAAGGUUUCCUGCCCAGUGAGACUGCCAGGCACCAUCGUUCCUGUGUGCUGACUGUUCUGAAGGAGGCCCUGGAGGAAGCUGGCAUCCAGCCAGAGGAUGUCGACUGUGUGGCUUACACGAAAGGUCCCGGAAUGGGUGCCCCUCUAGUUACUGUGGCCAUUGUUGCCCGAACUGUGGCUCAGCUUUGGGGGAAACCUUUACUGGGAGUGAACCACUGCAUUGGGCAUAUUGAAAUGGGGCGACUGGUCACUGGAGCUGCCAACCCGACUGUUCUGUAUGUCAGUGGAGGCAACACCCAGGUCAUUGCCUACUCAAAGCACAGGUACCGCAUCUUUGGAGAAACCAUUGACAUUGCUGUUGGCAACUGUCUGGACCGUUUUGCCAGAGUCCUUAAGAUCUCCAACGAUCCCAGUCCUGGGUAUAACAUUGAGCAAUUGGCUAAGAGGGGAACAAGAUUUGUAGAGCUGCCUUACACUGUGAAGGGAAUGGAUGUGUCCUUCUCUGGGAUUUUAUCAUAUAUUGAGGAUAUGGCUGAGAGGAUGGUUUGUACAGGGGAGUGUAGCCCCGAGGAUCUCUGCUUUUCCUUGCAGGAGGUUGUCUUUUCCAUGCUGGUGGAGAUCACAGAACGGGCCAUGGCACACUGUGGCUCACAGGAAGUUCUUAUUGUAGGUGGUGUUGGCUGCAAUGUGCGUCUUCAAGAGAUGAUGGAAAUCAUGUGCAAGGAAAGGGGUGCCAAGCUGUUUGCCACGGAUGAGAGGUUUUGUAUAGAUAAUGGAGCCAUGAUAGCACAAGCAGGAUGGGAAAUGUUUCGUUCAGGCCAGACCACUGCUCUGGAGGACUCGUGGGUGACACAAAGGUUCCGCACAGAUGAAGUUGAGGUGACGUGGAGAGAUUAGUCAGUACACUAUUUUUUUCUCAUCUUUGUCCAAAUAAAAUACUGCUGCUU